AUGUCGUUGCAUACUCUGGGACAAAAUGAUGUUACUGAAGAGAUGCAGGCAGUUAAGGAUAGGCUUGGGAGCAAAGACGCCCAAAUUGCUGCCCAGCAAUCUCAGCUCCUCAAGAAGGCGGCUGAACUGGAUGAAAUCAAGGUAAGCUUCGGCGACGCACUACGGAAGCUUAACGAAGAAACGCAACGAGUUUUACGACUGGAAACCGACCUGACGAAGUGCUCUGAAGAUCUGAGGAACGAGCAAAUCGCAUCAGAAAACAACAGGACUGUUCUAAAGCUGGCUCAAGAAAAGAUGAGGGAGAAGGAGAUGCAGGUGCGACAACUGGAGAGCACGCUGGAGUCAUUCUCAUACACAUCGGCAUCAGAGGCCAACUCCCGUGCGGCGAAGGCUGAAAGAGAAAAAGGUGUUCUAGAGGCCCGUAUCAGGGAGCUGGAAGCCAACCUCAGACAGCUGAUAUCCACACCCGUCACCCCAGGCAGACAACAGGGUCUCCGACGCUCAUCAUCGUUAUCGAACAUUAGGAUUAUCAGCCUGGAAACCCAACUCAAUGAACUUCGAGUUUCUGUCGCGCGUAAGGAUGAGGAUGUAACAGCAGCGACCAAGAAGCUGGAGAAUGCGCAAAGAGAUCUCGUUCGGGCUGACAACGCACUCAUAGCUCUUGAAGCGAAGAAUAAGAAACAGGUGCAAGAGUUGGAAGAUAUUUUGGAGGAGAAGGAGGCAGAAUUGGAAUACCUGAAAACUGCAGAUGUUGGGCAAGGGCGUGAGGAAGAGUUGAUUAAGAGAAUCGAAGAGGACGAGGCAAAGAUAGUAGCACUCGAAAGGCUGGUCGGUGAAGCACAUGAGGUGCCGUCUCUUAGGGAUCGUCUAGCACGCACAGAACAUCGGCUCAGAGAAGAAACUUUCAAGGUGGAAGGGUCCGAGGGGCAGAAUGCUACCCUUACUCAAGAAAGGGAGGAAGCAAUGGAGCGGCUGGAAAUUGCGCAAAGGCGUAUCGAAGAGCUAGAAGCCUCUCUUCGUGCUCAAAAGGAACAGAUGCAGGUGGAAAGGGCUUCAACUCAGAUCCCUGAUGAACAUGCCAUCGAAGGGACCGCAAGACUACUAUCCGCCGUUGAACGGUUGAGAGCUGAAAGAGAUGACCUACGCCGGGACGUCGAAUUCAUACAGAUGGAACACAAAUUCAAAGUGGCAGCCCUUGAAGCACACAUAGCUACAAUUUCAACCUCAUCUAAACACUCAAGUGACGCAUUCACCGAUCGACUGCGUGACAGAGAUGGUCAAAUAGCUCGUCUCGGGAAAGGCAUGGUUGCCCUCUCGAUAGUGAACCAAGACCUGCACAGCUCCCUGUCGCUCGCGGAGAGGACUUUGCCUCUAUCCAGGAACAAUGCCGUCGCGUCAAGCCUGGAGGAGAAACCCAAAUCAGCCGAGGAGCAACUGUCUUCCCGAGAGGAUCCUGUUACUGAAAGUGAUGAUCUGGUCUCGCAGCUCGAAUCCGAAUCACAAGGAUGGAAAGUCAAACUUGACAGCGCGAUUGCCGCUCAUGAGGAAACCAAAGCGGAUCUCCUACGUGUUGAUGCUGAGCUCACCGAGGUUAUAUCUGAGCGGGACUCCCUCAGUCUCCAAGUCGAAAACUUGACCAAUGAUCUCGAGUCUGCGAAUCGAGAAUUGGAAGAAGCUGAAAAGCGCUAUAGUUCGCUACAGUUCCACCAGUUGAACAACAUGUCAUCGACAGAGGCCAAUUCAGCUCUGAAGACACAGAUUACGGAGCUUGAGGGCAGGGUGCUUCGCCGGAACGAGUUGAUAGGAAUUCAGCAGCAUGAUAUCAAACGGAUGGAGACUAACUUGAGGUUACAAGAAGAGAGGUUGAAUGAGCUUACUGCAGAGAUGGAGACCUUGGCGUCUGAAAAAGAAGCGAUGGUGGAGGACUGUGCAGCCGCUAGGGACGCUAGGGAUGAUGUUCUUUCGCGUGUCGAACAACUAGAGGACGAACUUGAGAAGCUCGAAGCUCAACUGGAAGAAAAAGACCAUUCAAUUCACUCACUCAUCCAUGUCACAUUUGACACGGCUGCUUGUUGGAGAGGAAAGAUGCGACUGGCGGAAGUUAGGAGGGCCUCGAUGGAUGCUCGUCUGCAGGCUGUUGUUCAGGAACAUGAACAAGCUAUGCAACGGGUGAAGGAGCUGGAAUUGGACGUGGAGAAGGCCAAGGAGCGUCUGCAGGCAUCGGAGUCUAAUGCGAUAGCGGGUACAACUGCUCGUGAGGAAUACGAACAACGAAUACUUUCCAUCAGAGCAUCAGAUGAGAAGAAGCAGUCCGAAAUUGAACAACUUCAGAACAGACUUUGCUCACUGCAGGCGACCAUUGCUGAGAAAGAAGCUUCGCAUCACACCAUCAUCGAAGAGCUUCGGUCUCUCGUGGCCCAAAAGGAUGCCCUCCUUGCAGCGAAUGACUUGGAAGGAGAACUGGUGCAAUUGAAGAUGAAGCAUGUCGAGGAGCUUGGGCGACUUCAGUCACAGUUGGUCGAGACAACUUCAACCCUGGAGGAGGCCAAAGCCCGACAUGCUGCGGCCGAGCUCGAGCUCGAGGGGAAGCUUUCAGAGUCACUCAGAUCCAGGGAAACGAUGGAGAACAGGUUGGCUGACUUAUCUAACGAACUGGCUCAAAGUCGACAAGCAGAGCGGGAUCUUGCCUUGGUCAACGAAGAGCAAGUUGAGAAGAUUCGGCAGCUUGAUGUGGAAGUGUCGGAGACCAAGGACAAGCUCCAAGAGUUGAAACAGUUUGGAGCAGCAGCGGAGGUAUCAUUCCGUGCAACUAUCGAUGACCUCACGAAAGAGCGAGACGAGUUGGAGGUGGAGCUGGGGAACAUCAAAAAUGAAAUGGAGGAAGCUCGGGUACAGCUUGAGGAGGAGUGUCGGAACUCAAUGAGAGUGACCGAAGAAGUCUCAAAAUUGGGAGUAAGACUGCAAGAGGAGGUAGAGGUACGCGCUCGGCUGGAGGCCGCACAUCGCCAAAGAGUCAAGUCUCUGAAUGAUCAGGUAGAGCAGAUGGAAUCGAAGGUGGAUGAAGUGGAAAGGAAGUACUCGGCGGCUGUGGGUCAGUUGAAAGACGCGCAAGGCGAGCUGGAGCUUCUACAGGAAGAGAAGCAUACGCUCCAAUGUGAUAUGACUGCUUUAGAAGCCCAGAUACAGCGCGCUAAAACUUAUGAUCGUUACCAAGAAAGUCAGCUAAAGGAGAGUGAAAGGAAGAUCCUCAAUCUCGAGGCAGAGUUAGAGAAAACUCGAAACGGUUUGGCCGCUGUUGAGAAAGCUCAUAACGCAGCAGAGAUGAAGCUCAACAUGCAAAACGCUCACCAGAAGCGAGUUGAUCAAGAAUUGGCCGCCCUGAAAGCAAGGCCUGACCUCGAACAAGCGUUGGCGGAGCUGGAGGAGCGUAACGACGAAAUGGAAGAGCUGCUCAAGCGGAAGUGCGCAGAAAUCGAACAAAACGACGACCGCGUCAUCGAGAUGCUUAAGGAGAAUAAGAAAUUAAUGACGAAGGUGGAAUCACUAACUCGGAAGGUCCAGAACCUUCAGACAAAACUCGCCGCUGCGAAAGCAUCUGCGGCUUCCCCGCCGGAAAAGCCAGAAAAGAGAGACAGCGGUAACUCACCCAUCACGACGGCGGUUCGAAGCCCUCCCGUUCCUAUUCCUCACUCCCGAUCUUUUACCACCCUGAGUGGAACAGUGGUCUCGCCACCUGGACCAGAAUCGGUAGAAGGGACGAAUACUCAGAACCGGGGGAGAACUCUUUCAGUUGCAUCGAUACUGCGACCACGAUCUCCAGACAAGAAUGUCUUCUCGAUACCAGUCUUCAGAGGUUCUUCAUCCCCAAAGAGACGCAGUACCGAAGUAGAUAAUCCACCGCCUCCUGUGACCGGUAGUCGAAAACGCUCAGCACCAGAAGAUUUCGAGACAUCCGACAACAUUCCGGCUCAAGUGUUCACCGCUGAUAGUCUUCCAGAGUCCAGAGAAACCAAAGAGACCUCAACGCCUAGAGUCCGGAGAGUGCUGAGUAAUAUCCAGUCAGGAUUCACGCCAGUACGCCACCGUACAACCACUGACGCGGCGCCUCCCCCUUCGACUGUUUUUGCGGCCAAGGACCCAGCUCCGCGAGCAAUAAGUAUAGCAGUUCCUAGUGUAUCGUCAACACCGGUAGAUAGCAGGGCUCCUAAACGUGGGACGGGUUGGUUGGGGAAGAUUCGAGGAGCAUCAUCGCAUCCGGGGCGGCAAUUUGGAGAUGGUGUUUCGUAG